CUUUCAACAUAGCGCGCUAUCAACAUUUUGUUUUGAUUAUCACGGUUGUCCUGUUCUCGCGCUCGUGUCGCCUUUGUUGCUGUCAAUUGCGUUUGUUCUUGGAUGUAAGUGCGUCCUGUGUGCUUGCUGAGUCUUCGGGUCACUUCUCUCCUACUCUUAUCCGUAUAAUCUUACUAUUGUUAGCACCCCUAGUAUACAAGGUACCUUCAAGGUAGACACAAACCUACCUAAGGCUGGACGUUACAGGUUAUAAGCGUAGGAGUGACGAUACACUCGAAUUGUGGGGGUAUAGUUAGUGUGUAUGAAUGUCUGGUAUGUGAAACUAGUUCUAUUUAUCUUGUAAAAGUUUCAAUAAUUUUCUCUAAAUUUGGUAAACGUAUACCAUACUUAUCAGCUAAUUAAGAAGUAGUGUUUAGUAAUAAACUAGUUAGAAUUUUUCAGUAAAUAUCGUCAUUAUUAUUUUAUUUGUGUGUGAGCUAUGAUACUGCGCGGGUGCCCAGACAGAAGCAGGUGGUUUUCGUAGGGGGCCACACCCCGAGCCUUUGACCUAAAGGUCUGACCCACAAGGCAGUGGAGCAUCGUGAGAAGAUGCAAUUCCAUGAUAGCCGGAGACCAACGAUUUAUUCAUACGCCACUUUUUUCCCUCAAGAUACUGGAGCCCAUGUUCACCAUUGGUUUGGGAUCCAGUUAAAGCACCGGACAUUCUCUUUUCGUCCUCUCAUUUUCGUAGACAACACCCCUGCCACGAAAAGACAGUGAGUAGGACUUCCCUGUCAGAGGCUGUAUACGCGUAGCCGUGUGAGAGCACUUCGGGAGUGUUAUUACACUACCUUACAUUAGUCUGGUCGUUAGUGUUCUUUUUUUAUUUUACUCUUUUUACCUUCUUUUUUUCUCUCCCCAUUCAUUGUUUUGUGUAACGCAUAUAUAUUUGGUGCCAUCUUGUACCAAUAAUUAUGUGUUCAUAUAAAUAAUAAAUACAUAAACUAGUUAACUAUAAAAAGGAGUAAAAUAACGGUAAACUAACGGCAUUUUUAUGACAAAUUAACCCUAGUGUGUUGAAUUAUUCCCCAUAGUAUAGGCAAGUUGUCACGUUUACUUGUUAGUAGUCAGGUGACUAAUGUGAAUUAAGGUUAGAAUCCCGUGAGGUUUUCGUCACCAACUGAUAUCAACUACGAAGCAAUGAUGCUUUACCACCUCUAUGUUCACAAACCUAAUAAACUCAUUGCUGAUAUUGAGUCACGAGUAAGAAUGGCAAAAUACUAUCUAGCCACAUAAAAACCACUAUGCAUAUUAUGAGCCAGGCACUGCCAGUUUUUACUUAGUUCAUAGCAACAUAAAAUUUGUUCUUCACUGCACUUCUAGUGGCGCACUUUUAAUACUGGUUGGUUUAUUCAGCACGUUGUAUUUUCACCUUCGAUAUUUUCCUUUCUCUUUUUGCCGCUCUUUGGGAACAAAACAGGAAUAAUUUGCAUUCAAUUGAAAUCCUGUGAGAAACCCUUUGACGUUGGUUCCUUACUAUUUAACACACCAACAAGGUGUAUCUGUGCGUUGUGUUUGUUGUUAACGUCUCGAACUGUGAGGCUGGGUGACGUGGAUAUGAGUCUCACAGAGAGCAUCAACUCCUUCAAUGUUAUAAGCGUGCCUUACGAUUGUAGUGUUUCAUUGCCGAAGUGAACCUGUUGUACCCUUGUAUCGUAGAUAUGACAUUGUAUAAGUAUGACGAGAUUCUUACAUAAGCGAUUAUGGUUAGUAGUGUAAAUCACUAUGGACUGAUCCUAUUUUGCUUGUUCAUUAUAGGCUUCAUGAUCAAACCCUCGUUACUCAUGUAAUGUACGGAUGUUUAGAUAUACUUCUGUUCAAUCAAACUACUGGUUACUGACAAGUGUACAUACACUUAUAUACACUGCAACUCUGAGAUACUGAUGUCGGGUAAUAUGAAUGACUUUGAUUGUAAGACGGGUCUAUGUUUUUCUUUAGAGGAGUUGUAUGAUUUUUCGUCCUUGGUUUUCGAUAUUGAUAAGAGUUUAUCUUUCUUCUAGAUAAUGACUUCAAACCUUGGGUUCUUUGAUUUAAUGGACAACUUUCUGCCAUCAGAUAAAUGUUUACUAGUGAAUGACUUAGGGUGUACUUCUUACAGUACCAGUGUUUCUUGUCCAAACUCAUCUUGCCUUUGUGUCACUGAGGAUCUACAGCUGAUGGAGCAACAUUAUGCAACUUGUCAUCAUCAUUCAUGUUCACUUUGUGGUUUAAGUUUUAUAUCUUCAAGGCUUCUUUCGAUACAUGAACAAAUUACACAUUGUGGAGCUUUUAAACCAAAGGUAAAUACGCAGACAGUGGUUUAGCCAUUGGGUUUCAGCUGGACUGUUUUCUCGUCGCAUGCCCUCAAAGAUUCUGUGACUCCGCCAAACUUUUCGCACAUGCUUAUGAUUGCCAUGGGCUUCUUCCUCGUCAGUGCUCAUAGGUACAAUGAUAAGUGUCAAAAAUCGCAAUUCUAAUAAAAUCAUGUCCGAGUUUGUUGUCCACCGUUGGGAUGAAUCCGUUGAUGGCCAACUCACCCUAGAAAAUAUGCUAAAGAAGCUCAAAUCGGAGUUGCCAAAUUUAUUUGUUCACUGAUUGCAGGGUUGCAGUUACAUAAAUUACAAGUUCAGUCCUGGCACCAAUUUUCCGGAACAUACCCACAACGAAGAUAAACUGGACUGUAUUGUUAGCGGCCAGCUUUCAUUCACUAUGUAUGGAAAGGAAAUUAUAUUAGGUCCUGGUGAUCGUCUUGAAGUUCCUCGCAAUAUACCACAUUCUGCUCGUGUUGUGGGCAAAGAUCCUCUCGUAUUUGUGGAUGCUACGCGAAAAUCAUAAAGUUUUUAAGACCUUAUUUGUGGCUAUUUUGAUUUUAUGGUUGUUUUUAUGUCGCAUGAGUGCUGUCAAUAUAAUCAAAAUUAUUGCGUACUUUUUUUCCGAAAUAGUCCAUGGGCAUUCUAUACUCACUUCACGCUUUUGUGAAUAAUUAAGGAAUCGAAGUUAGAAACUACAAUUAGUAGUUCCAAGAGAUAACUGGUUAAAAUCAGUAACCGGUAUCUUUUGCAAUAUUGAUAUCAUAUUUUUAAGCCUUCUCCCUGGGGACUAAGAUUCACUUCUUUUGGUUUUCCUGUGUUCCAAACAACAUGACUAUAAUGUUAGGAUAUCAUGGAAACAUUGUUACAGUUAGCGAAGCUUAAUUAAUGGGUUCUUCACAUUAAUACACAUAUCUUUCGUCUAUUCAUUUGACUGAUUUCACGUGUAAGAUCUGGAAUGUAAUGGUAGAAGUGUAAUUUAUAUUUGAAGAUGGUCAUUUAUAUCAAGUUGAUACAUCUGAAAAGUUUUUAAGGUUCCUUCCCCAUACUAGUAGUUAAGAAGUAUUUGAGAUGGUGGGAGAUAUUCGUAGCUCAGGCUGUGGAUUUCUAGCUUCACACCUAAACUAUCCAGCUCAGAGAACAAGAUACCCUUAAAAAACCAGAGGUAUUUAUUCAUACUCCUAUGAUAACGGAGCAAUGGCCUUGUAGUUGAAGUACCGUCAUAAGAUCAAAGUUGUUUUCCCACAUAUUUUGAUUUGGAAAAUCAGGUUUUAGCACUAGCACUCAUGGUGUGGCUUAAAGUCGAGUACAUAAGUCUAUACUUUGCAAUUCAUUUAGAUUAAAUAAUUAAAAUGACUCGUUAUGAUUUCCUGGUUACCCAUUCUUGCUGUAUGUUUUAUUCCUCUUACUAAUAACUUCAUUCUGAGGAUUUAUGAUGGACCUACCAGCUAAAGGGAAUUUUCCGUCUGUUGCAUUAUCAAGUCCGCUCCUGAUUACUUCGUUGGUAGACUUCUAUAUUCUUUCGAACUUGACAUUUUCCGCUUUGAGUUGUUUAUAAAACUCAUGACUUGAAGGGAUAAUGUUAAUACUCCAGCUCUAUCUACAAUACUGGUGUUAGUUGAGUAGUGUCUUGCACCAGAAGCUGAGAGGGUGGUACAUUUAGUCACUGUUGUCUACCCCCCUCAUAGCUACAGAAGUAUGAACCGAAGUUGGGCAUUUUUCUAUGGCUCAUUCGGUAAAUCUGGAGUUCGGGAAAUGAAGUGACUACUGUAUAAAGAACUGGAGUAUUUAUUUAUUUGAACACAUGAAUAUUGGUACAAGAGAGCGCCAAUAUAUAUGCGCCACACAAAACAAUGAAAAUUCGAAGAGAAGUACAAAAAAACUAAAGAGCGCAAAAGAAAAAUGGAACAAUAACGAAGAGAUUGGUGUAAGGUAGUGUGGUAGUAACGAGGGAACAAAAAGGUACAAUCAGAAGAAAUCUUUCAGGUAAGGGAGACACAACCACUUUUUAUGAAGAAAGUAAAAGAAGGUUACAGCAGGAUCGCCACUGGCUUCUAUUCUGAGCCAUAUCUGAUAACGUCCCUAGCCACUGUGUAGCACCAUCUCUCAGACCCCAACCAGGGAGUCGUGAAGGACCGACAGAAGCCAGCCCUUUGCAGAUUUCUUUCAUACCACGACACCAUGUCAUACACCAACCACCUCUCCGCUUCCAACCAGUCCCAGAGUCGGCAAAUAAUGCACGACGUGGAAUUCUCUGGGACGACAUUCGUAGAACAUGUCCAAGCUACCGAAGUCGGUGUUUCAAGAUGGUGACACCAAUUGGAUUAUCAUCUCUGUGCCCGAACACACGAUGCCGAACCUCUGCACUGAAUGUCAGCAAUCCUUCGGAGACAGCGAUGAUCGAACACAGAGAGUCGUCUAACGUCCUCAACUCGGAGAGACCAGGUUUCACAAGCAUAGAGCAGAACUGCUCUCACCGACGCGUUGUAGAUCCGACCUUUUACAGCCAGACUAACAUCACGAAGGCGCCAAAGGUGGCCCAGAUUGGCAUAAGCUGCUCUGGCUUUCACUAUUCGUGCAUUGAUUUCAUCACUCACACCCUCACCAGCACUGAUGCAGCUACCUAGGUACACGAACUUCUCGACUACUUCUAUCUGCUCACCAUCUAGGGAGAGUACAGGAUUAGAAUCCUGCCAGUCUUGUAGAAGUACUAUGCGCUUCGAAGGUGCAAAGCACAUACCAUACCUACGGACACUGAUUGCCAACUGAUUAAGUGCGGAUUGCAUGGCUUGGGCAUUAUCACACAGUAAGACAAUAUCGUCCGCAUACUCAAGGUCGAGAAGUCUUUCCCCAGGUAGCAGAUCCACACCACCAUUACUUACAUUCAUCAGAGCUGUUUCCAGAAUGUCAUCGAUGGCAAACUUGAAGAGGAAUGGUGAGAUUGGGCAACCCUACCUAACCCCACUGCUCGAAUGGAACAACGGAGAGAGGUGGUUGUAUGCCCUCAUUCUGCCUGAGGUGUUUUUAUAUAGGGCUUUUAGGAUGUUAAUAAACUUCUCAGACACACCCUUCUUCAAUAGACAAUCCCAGAGAACAGUCCUAUCCAACGAAUCGAAGGCAGCCCUGAUGUCAAGAAACACUACGAUUGUUUGCCUUUGAUAAGUAUGGUGGUGUUCUAACAUUUGGCGGAGAGUGAAGAUAUGAUCAAUACAUCCUCGACCAGAACGAAACCCAGCCUGCUCCUCGCGAGUCAAUCUUUCUCGGGUUUUGAACAACCUACGAAGAAUGACGUAAGCCAAUUGCUUGGACGCAAUCGGAAGUAGACUUAUCCCCCGAUAGUUGUUACAGGAACGACGUG